GCAACUUCAGUACAUGAAAAGCAAUCAAACGAAUCACUUCAAAGCGAAUAAUACAAACAACAACGAAACAAUGCCUGCCAUUGGUAUUGAUUUGGGUACCACCUACUCUUGCGUCGGUGUCUGGCAGCAGGGGAAGGUCGAGAUCAUCGCCAACGAUCAGGGCAACCGCACAACACCCAGCUAUGUUGCCUUCACGGACACUGAGCGACUCAUCGGUGAUGCCGCCAAGAACCAGGUCGCCAUGAACCCCAACAACACAGUCUUCGACGCCAAGAGGCUCAUCGGACGUAGGUUUGACGACUCCAAGAUCCAGAGCGACAUGAAACACUGGCCGUUCAAAGUCGUCAACGAGAGCGGAAAGCCGAAGAUAGAGGUAGAAUUCCAGGGCGAAAAGAAAAGAUUCAAUCCGGAAGAGAUCAGCUCGAUGGUCCUGACGAAGAUGAAGGAAACAGCCGAAGCGUAUUUAGGCCAGAAAGUGAGGGACGCGGUCAUUACGGUGCCCGCGUACUUCAAUGACUCACAGCGCCAGGCCACCAAGGACGCUGGAGCCAUAGCAGGCCUGAAUGUUCUCAGGAUCAUUAACGAGCCCACAGCCGCAGCUCUCGCCUACGGCCUUGAUAAGAACCUCAAGGGAGAGAAAAAUGUUCUAAUAUUCGACUUGGGUGGCGGCACCUUCGAUGUGUCUAUCCUUACCAUCGAUGAGGGUUCCCUCUUCGAAGUAAAAGCUACUGCUGGCGACACUCAUUUGGGAGGAGAGGACUUCGAUAGCAGACUCGUCGACCAUCUAUGCAACGAGUUCAAUCGCAAGUAUCGCAAGAACAUCAAGAAUAAUCCCCGCGCCCUUCGGCGUUUAAGAACAGCAGCCGAAAGAGCCAAGCGAACCCUUUCCUCCAGCACAGAAGCUUCCAUCGAAAUCGAUGCCCUUAUCGAAGGUAUCGACUUUUACACCAAAGUCUCCAGAGCACGCUUCGAAGAACUUUGCGCCGACCUCUUUAGAUCAACCCUCGAACCCGUUGAAAAAGCUCUUGCUGACGCCAAACUUGACAAAAAAUCCAUCCACGAAAUCGUACUCGUCGGUGGAUCAACUCGCAUCCCCAAGAUCCAGAGCAUGCUGCAAAACUUCUUCUGCGGCAAACAGUUGAACCUCUCCAUCAACCCCGACGAGGCCGUUGCAUAUGGUGCCGCCGUCCAAGCAGCCAUCCUCACGGGCGAAGGCGACAAGUGCAGCGUCCUCCAGGACGUCCUGUUAGUCGACGUUGCACCUCUAUCGCUCGGCAUCGAAACAGCUGGCGGCGUCAUGACCAACAUCAUCGAGCGCAACGCCCGCAUCCCGUGCAAGCAGAGCCAGACCUUCACCACUUACGCCGAUAACCAGCCAGGCGUUACGAUCCAAGUGUACGAAGGCGAGCGCGUUAUGACCAAGGAUAACAACUUACUGGGUCGUUUCGAACUGAGCGGCAUCGCGCCCGCACCCCGUGGCAUUCCAAAGAUCGACGUCACCUUCGACAUGGACGCCAACGGGAUCCUGCACGUUACCGCCAAGGACACGGCUAGCGGUCGUAGCAACAACAUCCGCAUCACCAACGACAAGGGUCGCUUGUCGAAAGAAGAGAUCGAUCGCAUGCUGUCCGACGCGGAACGCUACCGUGAACAAGACCAGGAACAGCGUGAGAAGGUCGUUGCGCGCAACCAACUGGAGAGCUACGUGUUUACGGUCAAGCAAGCGGUGCAAGAUUGCGGCGACAAGCUCAACCAGUCGGACAAGAACAGCGUCCUUAGCUUGUGCGAAGACACCAUUCGCUGGCUGGACAACAACUCCCUGGCCGAAAAAGACGAAUUUAAGCACAAGCUCGAAGAACUUCAGCGCCAAUGCUCGCCCAUCAUGACCAAGAUCCACACGGGAGGCAACGCGGCCGGGCCACAGGACUGCGGCAAUCAGUUUAGACAAGCAGCUAAUGACAACUACUCCGGACCCACGGUAGAGGAGGUGGACUAAGGGCCAACGACAUCGGCCAACGCAGAUACUCUAGCAGCUCCGUCAACACCCUGGAGUAGCUGAGCACGAAACUUCCAGCUCGUAACAUCCGAGAGCUGUUGACGAUUUGCAAACGAGUUUCUUACAUCCGGCUCAUAACAUCCGGGAGCCGUCGACGAAUUUCAUCAAUAGAUUUAUUAAUCUACGGAAAAUCCAGUAUUCUCGCGUUUAUUCCCAAGAGACUGAUAAUUUUAUUUAAUUUUACUUUUU